AUGGCCACGGCCGGCAUGGAGAAAGAAACGGCCGAGCCGGACAUUUCCUUCAGAGAGCACUUCGAUGCUUUGAUCUCCAAGCUCAGAGAAGAGUUGCUGCAUCACUAUGACAGAGAUGUGGCUUCGCGGAGAGAGCCAGGGUCCGAGAAUCCGGUGGACUCCGAGGUCAUCCAGAUUGUGCACAGCACGCCUAUACUCUUAUCGGCCUCCAAAGGCAGAGCCGACUCAAGUGACUCAAACUCAGCCGAGGCCAUGGGCAACCAGGUCUCGGCUGCCCCGGACUCACCCGGAAGCAUUCCGAGACCGCUGGUUGUUCCAUUGCAAGACAGCUCCGAUGAGUCGGAUGCAGAGGUCUCUGAAUCGAGCUUCGAUGGAGAGCUCAAGACACCGAAAAAGAAGGCCCCACGCCCGGCCCCACGCGAUCCAGAGAAGCCUCCCCCUCCUCGCCCGGAACUACCGGAGCUGCCGAAGGAAGAUGCCGUUCUAGCUCCGAAAGCAACGCCAAAGAUGCUUCUCGUAUCGCAGGUCGCCCCGAGCUCCAUGGAGCAUUUGCCAUUGCCGAACACUUUGGAGACCCAGGACACUGCGCGGACUGAAACGUUGCGCGUGCAGGCUAUUGCCACGCAGGGUGGUCACAGGCCUUCUGUGAAUUCCGCAUUGAAUUCCUCGAGACGCGCAGACUCUGAGUCCAGCUUUGAAUCAAGCAGCGAUGGCGAUGGUGGCUUGUAUCCAGAUGGCCACAUCCCGUCACACAGUCGCUUGGCCAAGAAGCGGAUCAGCAAUGCCUCCAUGGCCGAUUUCUUCAAGCGGGAGCCAGCCGUUUCUCGAGUAUGGCUCUUUCUGGAGGAUCCUGAUUCGAGCCGUUCAGCCUAUUGGUUCGCUACGCUGAGCAACUACUUCGUCUGCUUGAGCAUCAUUUUCACGAUCUGGCAAGCAUCGCUUUAUCCGCCCUUGUCCGGUAUGGUUGAAGGCAUCAUCCAAAUAGCAGUCGAGGUGCUCAUGUUGCUUGAAUUUAUUGUUCGAUGGAUUGCGUCGGGGCCGAAGAGGGAGUUCGUCCGGAACCCCUACAAUGUGAUCGACCUUGCAGCCUUUAUUCCGACAAUCGUUCGGCUUGCUUCUGGCGUGGAGACCCCUUCGACUGCAAGGAAUCCCUUUUCUCACUACGUCUUGGUGUGUUUCGUUCCAGUAAUACGGCAGCUGAAGCUGAUUCGUCGAUUUCAGAAGCUGCAGUUGUUAUUGCACGUGCUUACUACGGUUUUCGAUGCCCUGAAGCUGUUGCUGUUCCUGGUUUGUCUGAUUGUCCUAUUCUUUGCAGCGGUGCUUUAUAUUGUGGAGCCAAACGAUGCAAAUGCAGUAGAUUCGCUUCCGACGUCAAUUUGGCUUUGCAUUGUCACGGUCACGACCGUUGGAUACGGCGAUGUGGCGCCGACAACUUGGCCUGGACGAAUUGUGGCGGGCACUCUGUGCUUCAUCAGCGUGCUCUUUAUGGCCAUGCCGCUGUCGGUUCUUGGAAAUGCCAUGUCGCAGACAUGGGCAGAUCGGCAUCGCAUCCUCCUCAUGACACGCACGCGGUCUCGCCUGAAGAACCUGGGGUACUCUGCAGAUGAUAUGCCCAAGCUUUUCAAGAAGUUCGAUACCGACAACAACGGCGAGCUGGAGUUAGAAGAGUUUGUC